AGAUAGCCAAAGCUUGACCAAAGUUUUUAAAGGAUUAGGCCUCAUAACCUGACUUUCAUAACAACAAAGAAAGACCAAUGUUGUGGGACUUCUUAGUCAGGGGCAUAUAUAUUUCCUUAUAUUUAUUUGUUUUGAUAUUUUCCACGUAUUUAGAUUCUAAACCAGACAAACGGGAACUCAAGCCAACUGAAUUUAACCCUUCGUUGUGACACGGCAUCUGACCGAAUUCAAUUACAGUAAGACGAGAUCCUGUUUUCCGUUUAUUGUUUAUCCCGGAUGUGAGGUGUAACGGUCUCAGAGUUCCACAGUACAUGUAGUGCUGUCUUGUUUAUCACGGAUGUGAGAGGUAAAGGCCCCAUAGUUCCACAAUAAAUGUAGCGCCGUCUUGUUUAUCAUGGAUGUGAGGUGUAACGGCCCCAGAGUUCUACAAUACAUGUAGUGCAGUCUUGUUUAUCCCGGAUGUGAGAUGUAAUGGCCCCAGAGUUCCACAAUACAUGUAGUGCUAUCUUGUUUAUCAUGGAUGUGAGGUGUAACGGCCCCAGAGUUCCACAGUACAUGUAGUGCUGUCUUGUUUAUCAUGGAUGUGAGGUGUAACAGCCCCAGAGAGCUACAAUACAUGUAAUGCAGUCUUGUUUAUCAUGGAUGUGAGAUGUAAAGGCCCCAUAGUUCCACAAUAAAUGUAGCACCGUCUUGUUUAUCAUGGAUGUGAGGUGUAACGGCCCCAGAGUUCUACAAUACAUGUAGUGCAGUCUUGUUUAUCCCGGAUGUGAGAUGUAAUGACCUCAGAGUUCCACAAUACAUGUAGUGCUAUCUUGUUUAUCAUGGAUGUUAGGUGUAACGGCCCCAGAGUUCCACAAUACAUGUAGUGCAGUCUUGUUUAUCCCGGAUGUGAGGUGUAACGGCCUCAGAAUUCCACAGCACAUGUAGCGCCGUCUUGUUUAUCAUAGAUGUGACGUGUAACGGCCCCAGAGUUCCACAGUACAUGUAGUGCAGCCUUGUUUAUCCCGGAUGUGAGGUGUAACGGCCCCAGAGUUCCACAGUACAUGUAGUGCAGCCUUGUUUAUUACAGAUGUGAGGUGUAACGGCCCCAGAGUUCCACAGCACAUGUAGCGCCGUCUUCUUUAUCAUAGAUGUGACGUGUAACCGCCCCAGAGUUCCACAGUACAUGUAGUGCAGCCUUGUUUAUUACAGAUGUGAGGUGUAACGGCCCCAUAGUUCCACAAUAAAUGUAGCGCCGUCUUGUUUAUCAUGGAUGUGAGGUGUAACGGCCCCAGAGUUCUACAAUACAUGUAGUGCAGUCUUGUUUAUCCCGGAUGUGAGAUGUAAUGGCCCCAGAGUUCCACAAUACAUGUAGUGCUGUUUUGUUUAUCAUGGAUGUGAGGUGUAACGGCCCCAGAGUUCCACAGUACAUGUAGCGCCGUCUUGUUUAUCAUGGAUGUGAGGUGUAACGGACCCAGAGUUCCGCAAUACAUGUAGUGCCGUCUUGUUUAUUCUCCAAAUAUGUGUAAUAUUUUUUUUCUCACAUAACUAGAUGAAUUUUAAAAAUAUUUAAGUUCUGUAAGGCGGACCACAUGAUGCCAGUAUGCAAUGUAAAGAUUUUUCAUUGUAUCAUUGUUUUCAUGGAAUAAUAAGCGAAUUGUAUCGGGUUAGCUGUUUUAUAGGGUUAGUUGCGUGCAGCGUUACAUGAAUGAGUACAAAAAAAGCAAACCAGGUGAACAAUUACCUCACAUCAUUAUACCAAAUCAUGGUCCAUAAAGCCUACAUUUAAUGUGAACAUUCGAAAAAUAUCUUAAUAUAAAGAUCGAGAAAAGUAGUUUGAGAUGCAUUUUUUCUUGGUUCUUCUGUUGACACUUACUUCAUUCGUUUUCUCUUUCUUUAAAAUAAAUGUUUACAAUUUGGGAUGUACCCUAUUUGAGGUCACAAACCUCCCCGUCCAUUAUAAUUCUGCAACAGAAUGUGUUUAAAGAAGCUUAGAAGGAAUAGCCACUUUGGUGAAGUUAUAAGUUCACGUUUCGUCUGGGACUGUAUGAACAAGAUGCUUCUACACAACCUGUACAGGUACAUAAUUGACAGGUAAGUUGGUGUGUUCAGCGGACUUACCUAUGGGUGAUGUAUAGGCAGUCCCGUCACGAGAAUGUCAGUGUGACCGUACCGGGGCCAACUCACGGAUUUUGUUAUUUUAUGUCCAGUCAUUUUAAUAACACAUACAAGAAAACAAAGGUGGCCAACGUCAAAGGCUUGAUGUUUUGCAUAUGCUUCCUCUUUGUAAUUGUUAAUUUAUGAGCAUGUACCGUGAUACUGAAUACAGAUCUGCAUCUUUCUGUGGCAAUGGUUCUCCAUUCCCUGUUUCUUAAAAUUGUGGUCGCUUUAAUUUUAGGACAAGCUCUGCUUGGCUUUCUCUCCAAUCUGCCAGCAACCUGCGGAUGGUCGAGGGUUUCCUCCAGGCUCUGUCUGUUUUCUCCCCACCAUUAGGCUAUUCUUGAGUACUUUCUAAAGCAUUUGUGAAAUAAAAAAAUUUCUACACGCCCAUGAUAUUGGUAGUAUGAACGUAUGCACAUGUUGCCACAGUAAUGCCAGUUUGUCGGUGUAUGUCAGUCCUUAUGAGACCAGUAACAUGUUACUACAAGCCUAUUGCAUUGGCAACAUUUACAAUUGUCUCCUUGGUAAUGGAAACAUAUUGGCAUACGACCAUCUAAUGGCGCCGCUAACCUAUUAAUGUACGUCCAUUUUAUGGAUAACAUACAUAUAUGCAUAAUAUAAUACAUAACUGUAAAUUUAUGGAAAUUUCCAGUGUCUUUUUUAAUUAAAUUGAACAUAUUUUAUUGCGUUAUACACAAUGGGAUUGGGAACAAGGUCUAGAGCAUUUACUAUUGUCUUUCCCUGACUAAAUACAGUUUAACGGUUUUACUUCAGAGUGAGAGAAGAAUGGCAGUUGAUUAUAAGUAAAAAGCUACAAAUAAAAUGAAAACAAGGAACAGGAAGAAACAGCAUUUAUAAUUAUAGGAAGUAAAGGAUACAGAAUAAAUAAAAUAGUAGAACGAACUGAAAAACAAGUCUUACAACUAUUGCAGUGUUUCACCAUGGGCAGAACACUUUUACAUGUACAUGUAUAUAUCAUCAGCAAAACCUCUUGUUGGCUUCUGUAUAUUGCAUUACUAAUUUCAUGACAUGUAAAUUGUCUUUAGUAGAUUUGGAUUCAUCACCCUUUAACAGCUUUUCUAUUUUGAUGCCCUGAAAGAGAUUGAUCAAAAGGAGAGGCCGGAUUAAUCGUAUUGUCGAAAGUGAAAGAAAAUAUGCGACGCAUGUUUCCACAAGAACAACAUGAGCUUCGUGUCAAGUUUGCCCAUCCACGGUCAUAGUUCAAGGCGCUGCAGCCGUUCCUGUUACCUAGUCCCUGUGAUCGGCGGUUUCAUCGCGGACUCCAUCGCCGGCAAGUUUAACGUCAUAUACGGAUCUGGCCUGAUCUAUGUUCUCGGCACCUUCCUGCUGGUGGCCUCUGCCGUGGACUACAGAAGCUGGCUAGGCCUGGACGCCGAUGGACUCGCCUACAAUCUUAGUCAGUAUGCCAGGUCUGGAUACUUUCUGACGGGACUGUUCCUAGUGGCCCUGGGGACGGGAGGAAUCAAGGCGAACGUGGGACCGUACGGAGCGGAGCAGGCAGAGGGGCUGGGAGAGAACGCCGUGCAGACCUUCUUCAACUGGUUUUACUUCUUUAUCAACACGGGUUCCUUCAUUGCCUACUCGGCCGUGGCAUACAUUCAGCAGAACAUUAGCUUCGCCUACGGUUUCCUGGUUCCCCUCAUAUCCAUGAUUCUUGCCAUCAUCUUCCUUCUGAUUGGACGACGCCUCUACAAGAAUACACCUAUCCAAGGUAGUUUAUUGUCAACCGCCUUUAAAGUGAUCAUCGAAGGUUGCAAGCGUCGUGACGCCGAAGACACCAAGUCGCUUUUGGAUAGAGCUAAGCGCAGUCACGGAGGAUCGUUUGCCGAUGCCACCGUGGAGGGCAUCAAAUCUCUAGGAGGUGUCAUUCCUGUGUUCUUGACGAUUGUCAUGUACUGGGCCAUUUACUCUCAGAUGUCCAGCACGUUUUUCCUCCAGAGCGUGAGGAUGGACGUUAGAAUCGGUUCUCUUGUCACACCCGCCGCAGCUCUGAACCUGUUCAAUGUGGUCAUCAUACUAAUUCUUAUUCCCUUCUUGGACAUAAUCGUGUAUCCAUGUUUGGCUCGCGUUGGAAGGAAACCAAGUUUGCUUCAACGAAUUGGGUUCGGCAUGAUUUUAGCCGCUCUCUCAGUGAUCACGGCUGGCAUCUUGGAGAUCUACCGGAAGAAGGACAUUUCGGAGAUGGGCGCGAUACCGCAGGUGCUUGGGGAUAAGACAUACAACGCCUCCAGCCUGUCCAUGUUCUUACAGGUGCCCCAGUUUGCGCUAAUCGGUGCCAGUGAGGUCUUCACCAGUAUCACAGGUCUGGAAUUCGCGUACUCCGAAGCCCCAAGCUUUCUGAAGGGUUUGAUCAUGGGUCUGUUUCUCGUGACCUCUGGUAUCGGCAGCUACGUGUCCGUCGCCAUUCAGAAAAUCGUAGAGGCCGCCACAGUUUCUCACCCCUGGUUUCCAGAUGAAAUCAACACCGGAAACGUGGAAUAUUUUUUCUUCUUGUUGGGAGGUUUGAUGUUUGUGGACUUCUUGAUUUUUUUGGGAAUAGCAAAGUGCUACAAAUAUAAGAACAAGACUGCCAAAGAUACGCCAGAGACAGAGGCCGAAAUGGAGGCGUACGACAACCGGGCCUUCCCUGAUUCCACCGACUUGUGAUGUGACUCGUCAGUGAUGGGUGGCUAUCCAAUAGGCUGGGCAGGUGUUGGCCUUGUGGAUUCAUUAAAUAUCUGUAUGUAUAUGUAUAUAGUGUAUAUAGAAAUGUAAUGGAGUUGAAAGGCAAUGUUCGGGGUGGACCGGAUGUAUAAAUGGUACCACCCGUACUCCCCGACGAUGUCCGACUGUAUCACCUGAAAAAACUGAUGAUGACAGACCAGGCGAUAAUUGUAUAGGGCAUGUAAGGGGCAGCGUGAUGCUCUGCAUGUCCUAGCUUAACUUUCAGUGACUCACGGAUUUCAAACCUUAUAGAAACGUCCCAACAGAAUCCCUAAUACGUGUGCUGAUCUCAGGAUCAGUGGAAAUUCUUUGCCAGAACAAACUUUUUAGAUCGUUCAUCUCGAUUCCCUUACCUUACUUAGCCUGUUAGCGGAAGUGAACCGUCCGAUGUUUAUUGCCAGUUUGUAUUUGACCACUAAUUUUCAAAAUGGUCUUUGAAUAUUACAGCGCACGGGUGUCAAACGCAAACCUUUUUACCUAUUUGUAUACAUAUGAAAGAAUGUACAAUGUUGAUCACAAUAAAGCUGUUUCAUUCCUAGGAUGAAAUCGCGCAAUGCGUGGCUAUUGAUUGGAUAGUGCCUGUUAUAACAAGUGUAAGGACGGCGC